AUAUAUCUACCUUCACUAGAUCGCAAGGCAAGGCAGCUAGGUAGGCUAGCGCGUGAUGAUAGACUUUGGAUAUAAAAAUCUAGAACAAAAAUACACCAUACAGAUUAACAAAGCGUUCUUCUCUAUCUUCUCAACAUUGUAUACAUCUUCUUCUUCCGUGCUCCCUGGUUCCAGGACUCCGUCCCAAUCCGGCAGAACUCAUUAAUCCAGACGGAUCCCAGCUAGCCGGCGAUUGCAUACUGGGCUAGUGGGUAUCAAUGGCCGGCGGCGGGGAAGGCGAGUACCGGUCACUGGAAAACACUCCGACAUGGGCUCUCGCCAUGGUUUGCUUCGUCUUCAUCGCCGUUUCCUUGCUCAUCGAGCACCUCAUCCACCUCGUCUCCCACUGGCUGCAGAAGCACAAGAAGAACUCGCUGGUGGAGGCCGUCGACAAGCUCAAGUCCGUGAUGAUAGUGUUGGGGUUCAUGUCGUUGAUACUGACGGUAACCCAGAAGUACAUCGCCAAAAUCUGCAUCCCCAACGGCGCCGCCGCCACGAUGCUCCCCUGCCGGACGAAGCGUACCGUCGAAAUUGACGACGACGACGACAAGGGCGAGGACUACUGUGGCAGCAAGGGGAAGACCGCUCUGAUAACAGAGGCCGGAUUGAACCAGCUGAGCAUCUUCCUCUUCGUAAUGGCCGCGAUGCAGAUCGUCUACAGCGUCCUCACCAUGGCCUUGGGUAGGGCCAAGAUGAGGCGGUGGAUGGCCUGGGAGAAGGAGACACAGACCGUAGAAUACGAAGCAGCCAAUGAUCCAAACCGAUUCAGGUACACAAGGCAGACGACGUUCGGGCGGCGGCACAUGAAUUGUUGCACCAGCAACACCGUCAACCUCUGGAUUAAAUGCUUCUUCCGUCAAUUCUUCAACUCGGUAGCAAAAGUUGACUAUCUCACUCUGCGCCACGGUUUCAUCGCUGCUCACUUGUCGAAUAAUAACUCCUUCAAUUUUCAAAAGUACAUAGAGAAAUCAUUAGACGAGGAUUUUAAAUCUGUAGUAGGAAUCAGUCCCAUAAUGUGGUUGCUAGUUGUGAUCCUGAUGUUGGGUGACAUCCGUGGUUGGCAUGUCUACUUGUGGGUAUCCUUUCUGCCAUUGAUUAUCGUGUUGGUUGUUGGGACAAAGCUGGAAGUGGUGGUGGCGAAAAUGGCUCUGCAACUGAGCGAGAACAACACUGUGAUCAAAGGAGCCCCUGUAGUCCAGCCCAACGACGACUACUUCUGGUUCAGCCACCCCAAGUUCGUGUUGACCCUUCUGCAUUACACUCUCUUCGUGAAUGCAUUUGAGCUAGCUUUCUUCGUCUGGGUCACGUGGCAAUUUGGGAUACACUCAUGCUACCAUGAAAGCCUGGAGAUCAUAGUCACCAGAAUGGCAUUUGCGGUGAUGGUACAAAUUUUGUGCAGCUACAUAACACUACCGCUCUACGCUUUAGUAACCCAGAUGGGUUCGCGGUACAAGGGCGUAAUGGUGGAGCAGCAAACGGCAAACAUGCUGAAAAAUUGGCACGCAGGGGUGAAACAGAACAACAAGAAGAAGCGAGACAACGUUUCACCUUCCAGCCGCUCCAUCCCGCCAUCAUCCCCAUUUUCCGCCACAAACAGAAACUCCAACAUGAUGGCGUUUUCUCCUGAUUCUUACUCUCACCACCACUCACCCACCAACAGCCACCAUCGCCACAACACCAAUGGCUCUCCUCUGGGUUCGACUUCCCAUCCUCCGAGGCCGCCGCCGCCGCCGUCGUCCUCUGGCUCCGGCGAUGCAGAGAUUGAGCUGGAGGGCACGAGUUACAGAGACCAGAUGGGUUCCCCUCUUCGAUCACCGACUUUUGCAGACAUUCAAAGGGGAGGAAACAACAGGGCAUUUGGACCAUUUUGAUGAGGAGCUGAGGAUGUAAGCCAUUUUGACGAUGGAAGUUUGACAUGAUCCUGCAUGAAGGCAGUUUUUGGCUUGCCUUCCCGCGAGAAUUGUAGAGUGAUAUGGUUUGAGAGUUGUAUAUAGUCUUCUUCAAAUUGGACGAUUUGUCACUAAUGACGUGAUUAGUGUAGCCUCACAAUACAGAAAAAUUGAGAGAUUUUGGUACAACAAAUGUGGGUUUUUGGUAUAAGGAAGUUCGAAGGGGGAGAUUGGGAGACAUGGGAUCAUAAUGUUGUAGCUUUUGAUUUGCAAAAGAACAUCGAACAAGGGGUGGAUCCAGAUCUAGAUGGGUGGUGGUCGGUUUGCGGGACAUUUUAGAACCUAUCAAAUUCAAAAAAGAUAGGUAUCCAUUACAAUAUGUUUUUAUACAAUUUUUUUUAUUGGGGUAUGUUUGAAAUAGUU